UCUAGGUCAACAGCUGACUCGCCUAUUAUUCGAAGGGCUCUAUUUUGAAAAGACAAUUGAUGGAGUGGGUCUGGGACUUUAAAACAAACAAAGCUGGCCACCAUUUUAAUUGGAUCCCAAUCGAACAGCUGACGUACGGCCGUCCCCGUUAGUUUUCCCAAUCUCGUUGCAUAUCUGUCAUUACAACGCUGCAGUUGAAUCAAACCGGUUUGUCGCCUCUCGAUUUUUCGGUGGUUUCAUUUCAUUUCCCAACUCUGCUCCUCGAGUGCCAACGAACUCGCUGGGUUUUUAAAUAAAACACCUCCAUCCUAUCGUUCAGUUCAGAAUAGCCUGGCAGUAUGAAAAACGUUUUAGAUGUAAUGUCGUUGCAGCAGCACGUGGAGUCGAACAAAGCGCAGACCAUGAAGCCCAUCGACUAUCGCAAGCUGAACAAACCCGGCGUGGUGCCGAUGUACAUCUUCGAGUGCGCUGCCAAGUUAAAAAUGAAACCUUUGACAGCUGCCUGUGCGGCCAUAGUAUACCAUCGGUUUUUCCGGGAGGUCAAGGCCAGUGACUACGAUGAGUUCCUAAUUGCCGCUUCAUCUUUGUAUUUGGCUGGCAAAAUCAAGGACGACGAAAGCGUGAAGAUACGCGAUGUGAUCAACGUGGCAUAUUGCACACUGAACCGGGGAAAUGCCCCAUUGGAUCUGAACGAUGAGUAUUGGUCGAUGAGGGAUGCCAUUGUGCAGGCCGAGCUCCUCAUCACACGCACCCUGGGAUUUGAUCUCAACAUAGAUCUGGCCCACAAGUACUUACUACACUACAUGAAGACACUGCAAGACUGGGUGGGCGCCGAGGUGUGGAAUUCGGUGCCCAUAGCCAAGGCAGCUGCCUCCUACUUACAGGACUUCCACCACAGCGCCAAUAUCCUCAAGUACAAGCCCACCCAUGUGGCCAUUGGGUGUCUGUCGCUCGCCCUCCAGACAUACGGCAUCCAGGUGCCCCUCACCGAUGAGUCCGACGAAUCCGCCAUGUGGUACAAGCCCCUGGUCAAGGACUUCACCCGCGAAAACCAGUGGGAGAUAAUUGAGAACGUGAUUGAGGUGUACAAGCAUGAGGCCUUCUUAAAGGCCGCCUAAUCCCUCCGAGACUGCCAAAACCAUUCCUUUUUCCAUCUGAAUUUAUUUAUUUUCCCUUCACACAUCAUCAACCUAACUCAGACUAUCUGGGCUCUAUGCUCAAAUGUCCAAUGCAUUUACAUGCCCUCGUCAAAAAAAAAAAACAAAUCUACCUGGAUUAAAAUGAUAUAUGCUCGCAAGACACAAGAUCUGUGGGUCAACAGAGCUGAUAUCUUAGAUCUAUUCCUCAAAUUAAACUAUUUAUACAACGAAGAAAUAAAAGGGUGUUGUGUUGCAAAUGAAUGAAA